AUGUCAGAAAUCGAGAAGCAGCCUCUUAUUGAGGAUCAACCUAAGCCUACGCUUGAGGACCUUCGUUCAAGAUGGAAUGAUGCCCGUGCGAACCUCCAAGCUGCUGCCCAAGACCUCUUCACAGCAAGACGCGAAUAUGAGCGUGCAUGGUCUCGUACAACUCGCGGUCGCCUUACCAUUGCCGCCUUCUGUAUCUUCAUCAUCACCAUAUUCCUUCUGCCACUUGGAGGCCUCGUCAUGCUGGGCUUGAUGGACGAUGAGCCUGAAACAUACGAAUACCUGCCUAGAAGAGUGCCUUUGGAAGCGCACAUCAUGAGCAAGUGUCCGGAUGCUCGUGAUUGCCUUCACGAUCUCGUGCUUCCAGCUAUGGUAAAUGUCAGCAACCUCGUCGAUUUCAAGCUGUCCUACAUUGGANAAGAUAAUAGGACUAUCGAGGACGAUGACGGUGUCGUUUGCAUGCAUGGUCCUUCUGAAUGCUUAGGCAAUUCCAUCGAACUUUGCGCAGCUCACCUUUAUCCUAACCCUAGAAUUCACCUCGGCUUCACCAUGUGCAUGUCGCGCAACUACUCAGAGAUUCCUUCAGAAGAUCUUGCCAAAGACUGCGCCUUGGAGCAUGGCAUCGACUUCGAAAAGCUGAAUCACUGCUUGAGCGUUGAUGACGGAGCAUACUCGAGAAACCUCCUCAAGAAGUCUGUUCGGAGGAGUGCCGAGAAGGGUGUCACCAAGAGUUGUACGGUCAGAGUUGACGACCAGAACUGGUGCAUUCGCGAUGGUGGUAAAUGGACUGACUGCGAGAACGGCCACGAAGUCAAGGAUCUCAUUGAGGAGAUCUACGAUUUGAGAUGGAAGCACAGCAGGGCGUACGAGGCAAAGAUCGGUUCUAACUGA